CGAAAACAGCUUCUUUUUUAUUUGACAACCCUUUAGCCUUUAGCAAAUAAUGGCGACGACACGACCAUUUACGCGACUUUUCCAACCACGCGUUUUCCAGCAAAACAUUACACGACGAUUCGCCACUCCAUUCCGUUCCUAUGCAACCACACAGAAUCUAGAGAAUAUCUAUGAUAUCGUUAUUGUUGGUGGUGGCAUUGCAGGAACUGCCCUGGCUUGUUCACUAGCCGCCAAUCCCACCAUGCGCGAUUAUCGCGUCGCGCUUAUUGAGGCAAUGGACCUAUCAAAUACCAACAGCUGGACACCUAUUCCAAACCAAUAUUCAAAUCGUGUCGUAUCACUGACACCUCAUGCGCUUAAAUACUUCUCCAAAAUCGGCGUGACUGAUCAACUGUAUCGAGAUCGUCUGUGCCCUUACAGCCGGAUGCAAGUGUGGGAUGGUGUCACAGAUGCAAGGAUCGAAUUUGACACAGCCUUGCUGGAGCAGCUGGGCAUCAACUUGGACGAAAAGGAUACUGCCAUCGCAUAUAUGGUGGAAAACGUACACUUACAGCACGCCAUCUUAAAGCAUUUGGAGGCAUGUCGUGGUGUCGGUGCUAGUGUGGAUACUUUCCAGAAAGUUCGUGUAGAGGAUAUCAGUUUGGAGAAGAAAAAUCCGGAACAACAGCAACAAGAAGAAGGGCUGGAUCUGGCAGAUUGGCCCGUGAUUGAGUUAAAUAAUGGCAUGUCGUUAAAAGCACGCCUUUUGGUAGGUGCAGAUGGAAUCAACAGCCCAGUACGGAGCUUUGCCAACAUUGAAUCUUUGGGAUGGGACUACAAUAUGCAUGGCGUCGUUGCUACAUUCAAAGUGGACUCCUCACGACCAUGUGAUACAUCCUUUCAACGCUUCUUACCCACUGGACCUAUUGCCAUGCUACCGCUGGCAAAUGGGUAUGCAUCUAUGGUCUGGUCAUCACCACCUCAUAUUGCCACUAAACUUAAGAAAAUGCCAGCCGAUGCAUUCUGUACACUUGUCAACGCUGCCUUCCGGCUGUCACCCGCCGAUCUCAAGUUCCUAUACUCUCAACUCGAUAAAGACACCUUUGAACCGACCGUCGAUUUUCAAUCCGAAUUUGACUGGCGUCAAAAAGUAAACAAGCACGGCUUGAAUGAAAUGGAAGUCAUUGAACGCGAAUUGAGUUUCCCGCCUCUGGUUAAAAGUGUUGAAGAAAAAAGUCGGGCUAGUUUCCCGUUGCGUCUGCGAAACUCACAAUCGUAUUUUGCCAACCGUGUUGUACUUGUUGGUGAUGCGGCACAUACGGUACAUCCGUUGGCAGGUCAGGGUCUGAAUCAGGGAAUUUUAGACGUCGAGUGCCUUGCAGAUGUUUUACAACAGGGUGCAGCAAAUGGCCAAGAUAUUGGCAACAUCCACCUAUUGCGAGAGUAUGCGUCAGUCCGGUACCUGCGCAACCUUGUCAUGAUCAGCGCAUGCGAUAAACUACACCGUCUCUACACAACUGAUUUCGCACCUGUUACCUGGAUACGGUCGUUAGGAUUAUCAGCUGUUAACAGCCUUGAUUUUGUAAAGGCUGAAAUCAUGAAAUAUGCAAUGGGUAUUGAAUAUACCGGAACGCAGAGCGGACAGACACAAGAACAACAACAACAACAACAAAGCUCUUCGUAGCUUAGCAUAAUCGUUCAUGAUCAUUGUCAUAUAUAAUAUCAAUAUUAGAC